CCAGCGUCUCUUGAAGUACACCGGUGGGCAUCUACUAUCGCAUUGAAGAUUUUCCAUUUCAAGACCUGCAUUGGAUUACCUACGUGAGGACAUCUGCUUAAUCAUAGAGGCGAUAACAUGCAGCAUGAGCCUAUUCUGGGUGUCAGAUCCUGCCAUCCCUCGCAAAUCGGUCAAAGCCCAUGUAGCGAAGAAUACACAUGCUAGGGCGAGGAGGGAGCGAACUGCCAAGUAUCAGGCCAGACGGUACAGGUCAGCUUCAGAACAGCAAUCUUUUGCUCGGUCUCAUCCUCGGCACGAGCAACAAAACCAAUUCACAUGCAUCACACCUGCUGACAGUACGUUUUCUCUACACGCUUACCAUGAUCCUGGUGUCGAGACAGGGGGCAGUGGCUCCCUGGCGGUGAUCCCAAGUUCGACCCUGGACAGCGAAAUCUUUACACAGAGCCAUUUCGGAGGCUUACAUAAUCCAAUGUCGCCGUUUGAGUGCUCCCUAGUCAAAUAUUAUGUGGAAGUAGUAGUUUCACUCAAUGGAGAUCUGACCGGCACCUCGAGUCCGCUACAAUCUUACAAGGCCACGGUCUUAUUCGACUGGCUCCCAGUCGCCCUCUCAAAUCCAGUGAUGACGAUGGGGUUCUAUCUCUGCUCUUGUCGCAGUCUGUAUGCUAGGACAGGAGUAACCCGAUAUUAUCAACUUGCUCUGCAAUACAAAGCUGCCUGUCUGCGUCUGCUUGUGGAGUCCAUUGCGGCAACCUGCACUUCUAACGAGCCGGUAAUAAGUGAUAUUAUUCUCUCUACCGUGUUACAACUAGCAUCAGAUGAACUCAUCGCCGGAGACCUGGGUGCCUGGGGCAAGCACGUCGACGCUAUUAACGAAAUAGUCAGGCUCAGCGGUGGCUUGGAUAAGAUCCAGGGAAUGAAAGGUCUUUUACGGAAGUUGAUAGAGGUAUUGUCAUCCGAAAAUGUACUACGGCUCGUCCAGUGCAGCUCUUUGCAAAAUAAUGACACAAUGGCGUGCAUCGCCCUGGAGGCAUUGCUUCGAUAGUAAUAAUGAAUAAUGCGCGUCUAAGUAUCUGCGCAUUCACAACGGCAUUGGUCCCAGUGUAAGGAUGGGCUACAUGGCUUCUUUACGCUGUUCGUGUCAGGUAUGCAAGCCAAAGUACCCAAUCAGAGAUACCCUUUAGUCUGUCAUAAGUGACGCUCUGCAGUCCUCACUAAGUCGAGGGGAAAUGGCGGAACUUGAAGGUUAGAGACAACAGUCAUACAUGUACAAGUAGGUAACUGUAAGGGCUAUCAGUUCUAUGGUAAAUCGACAGGAGGCUGUCUGGAGGGUAAGCUGAAUUGAAUAAUCG